AUUGAAUUAAGUUAAACUAUUUUAUUAAAUUCAAAAUGUUUGGUCCAAACAGCGUUAGAACCUUGCUCAAGCUUAAAACAUUGGUAAAACAGAGUGUUGAUGACUUAAACUUGGAAGAGGAGAAACGGCCAACCCUCGAGCAAGAAUUUUCUAGUAAAAUUCCUUCAAAAACAAUGACAAAUUUUCGAAAGUCAACAUUAAAACCCCUUUCUUCCAGCCAAAAUGAGGAGAAAUAUGACUAUGCAGGUAGCUCUGAUGAUCAAGAAGUUUCAGAAAAGGAGUUCUACCUCAAAUUCUAUAAUUUAUUGUACGAGGACGACAAUUUCAGAGAGUUCAAAGAGGUCCUACAGGAAGAAACCGAACAAAUUAACAAAAUCCAGUCUGAACAACGUGAUCUUAGCAGGCAAAUCACACAAGCUCUUGCUGAUAUCCAAGAUUGGAGGGAGAGCCGGAAGAAAGCUCAAAAAGAUGCUGAGGAGAACCAGAAGUCUCCUGCAACGGUUUUGCCACAGAAUACGACCUCAUUAGAUACUCUUCUUGCUAAGCUAGAUCAGAAAUCUGAUAAAUUUCACACAAAAAUUGAAAAUUUGAUCACUUCACUUCAGAAAUCGAUGUCAAAAUCCAGUACAAAGAUGAAUGUUCCCAGUGUCAAUCCUCAGUCAUGUUCUAGCUCUCCCAAAGUACCUGAACUAAACCACGAUUCCUUACAGAAGGAGAUAGAGCAGCUGAAGAAUAAGGAGGAGAACUAUGAAGACAUCACCGACAAAAGUUGCAAAAUCAGAGAAGAAUACACAGAAAUGCUCGAUGAACUUGCCCAGAUUGAGAGCCAGUUUAAACUAGAACCUCACCAAAAAGAAAGCCAGCCUAAGCCAGACACUGAUGACCAGGGAGACCUUGACGUGCUUAAUAACAUCCAGAGCGAGUUUGAUGAGAUGGACCAGAUCUUCAAGGACCUUGGAGUCGAUUAGACUGACAAAUCUAUGCUAAACCACUUUCAAUCUUCUUGAUCAC